CACACACACACACACACACCCCCCCCCCUGCUGUGAGUCUGUAAUCUCUCUCUCUCUCUCUCUCUCUCUCUCUCUCUCUCUCUCUCUCUCUCUCUCUCUCUGCGGUCAUCAUGGCGGAAAUAAAAACGGGAAUUUUCGCUAAAAACGUCCAGAAAAGACUGAACCGCGCGCAGGAGAAGGUGCUGCAGAAACUGGGAAAAGCAGACGAGACCAAAGAUGAACAGUUUGAACAAGUGGUCGUCAACUUCAGGAGGCAGGAGUCUGAAGGCGCUCGGCUGCAGAGGGAGAUGAAAGCCUACAUGGCUGCCAUCAAAGGGAUGCAGCAGGCCUCUAUCAACCUGACUCAGUCUCUGCACGAAGUCUACGAACCUGACUGGCACGGGAAAGAUGAUGUCAUGGUCAUUGGGAAGGACUGUGAUGCAAUGUGGGAGGACUUCCAUAACAAACUGGUGGACUCAACGCUGCUAAACCUGGACGAGUACCUGCUCCAGUUUCCAGACCUCAAAACUCGUGUGGCCAAAAGAAGUCGGAAACUCAUUGACUACGACAGCGCUCGCCAUCACAUGGAAACUCUGCAGGUGGCAGGGAUGAAGAAUGACCGAAAGGUGAUGAAGGCAGAAGAAGAGUUGAAAAAGGCUCAGAAAGUGUUUGAUGAAUUGAACGUCGGCCUGCAGGAUGAACUGCCAACUCUGUGGGACAGCCGGGUCGGCUUCUACAUCAGCACCUAUAAGAGCAUAACCAAACUGGAGGCCAAGUUUCACCGCGAGAUCUCUCUGGUCUGCAGACAGCUCUAUGAAGUGAUGACCAAACUGGCUGAGCAGCACUCGGACAAAAUGUUCACCAUCCAAGGAGCUCCGAGUGAUUCCGGGCCGCUGCGACUCGCCCGAACCCCCUCACCUCCAGAUUCUGAGAGUCCACCUGACAGUCCCGACGCCAGCUCCAACCACAUGCUCCGCCCUGUCUCACCUGGACCGCCACGCCCCAAAUCCCCGAUACAGCUUAAAAAGGGGCCACCGGUGCCCCCCCCACCAAAGGCCACACCUACCAAGGAGGUGGCAGAGGAGCAGAUCAUCGACCUAUUUGGAGGAGAAUUUCUACCAGCACCUUCACCAUCGCAGCCCAAUGAACGGCCGGGACAGUCUCUUCUCGACAUGGACUUUGAUGCUUUUCAGCCAGAUGAAAGUGUUUCGCCGAUACCACAGACAGCUGUGCCUUGGGAUAUGUGGUCGGCAAACUCCCAAACAGCUGAGCCUGCUGCAGACACUGGCUUCGUCGCCGACUGGUCUGCUGACUUUGGUUCAUUGGCAGCAAAUGGAGAUGCUGCAGUAGUAGCCGAGGCCCCUGCUGUAGGGCCGGAGGGGGCUGAGGGCGGGGCUCAGGAUUGGGCACAGGAUGGAGUGCAGGAUGGGGAGCAGGCAGAUGGCUGGCAGCCAGCUGCUGAUACAGCUACACCUCUUCAGGACAGGGAGGCAGCCACAACAUCUGAAGAUGAGGUUAGAGGCUGGUACUCUGAAACUAACUCCAACAUUCAUCCCUCUGCAUUCAGAGGCAAUGAAGAUGAGACAGGUCAGGCAAAUUCAGAGGGAGAUGCAGCAUGGCAGGAUGACCGCAGGAAGUCCACUCCAGGACUUAUAUUUACCAACGAGUAUGGUGAAGUGAUUGAGCACAGCACAGAGGACAGAGCAGACAACUGGUCCAGGUCUCCAGAUGGGUCGGGAUCUGAGUAUGAGACCGCUGAGGAGUGGGCUGAUGGGGGUCAGGUGGGAGGCUGGGCGAGUGCCGAUGAUGAGCUUUCAUAUGACGACCAUUCCCCAGGGAACGUCUCAGAUGGGUUAGGAUGUUAUGAUUGUGGAGCAGCAGAUCAGUCUCAAAGUGUAGAAGAAGUUUCAUCAGUAGGCAAAGAAUCAGACAGAAACUGUUCAGCUGAAGAAGAACGGCCAGGUAAACCAACUGAUCUUACAUCAGUAUACACAGAUCGUUCUGAAAGUCGGAGGGAAAGUGCGUUUGACUCAGAUCCUUUUGCAGAUAAACAGGAAGGUGCGUUUGAUUCAGAUCCCUUAACUGAUACACAUGUAGGAGGUGUGUUUGAUAAAGAUCCUUUUGCCGAAACACAGGGAGGUGCGUUUGAUAAAGAUCCUUUUGCUGAAACACAGUUUGGAGACAAGGGGGGUGGUUUUGCGUUUGAUCCCUUUGCGGAGACUUCAGGAGAAGGUGCAGUUGGGAGUGGGUGGGUUUCAGACCCUUUUGCCAACAGUUUCCCAGCAGCCUCAGGGACUGAGGGCCAAGCCUCCAACACAACGUCUUGUCAGGAAGUUAGUCACAGCAGUGACUUCGACUCUCCUUUCCCCCAACAAAACUCUGCAUCUGCAGCUGUUUCUGGAACAGCAGAAGGAAUUAAAGAUUUAAACGUUACCAGAAUUCACAAAGAACCAGAAAAUUCAGACAUGUCCGAAGACGAGGCUGCGAACCGGAGAUUUGGAAAGUUGUACCCAGAGCUAGAUACAGAAAAGGAAGAGGUGGCCAAUGCGUUUAAUGGAUUUUCUCAGGAUGUCACAGCCACAUCAUUUUUUGCGGAUUUUGAUAAGAUGAAUGAAGUUAACCCUGAAUCAACUGAGGCUACAGAAACCUCAGAGACAGAAGCUGCUGAAGUACAAGACAAGCCUGCAGCUCCCUCUGCUGGAGAAAUGAUAGAUGAACCUACAGUUCCCCUUGCUGCAGAAAAGCUAGAGGAACAUACAGCUCCCCCUGCUGGAGAAAAGGUAGAGGAACAUGCAACUCCCCCUGCGGGAGCAAUGGUAGACGAACCUGCAGCUCCCCCUGUUGGAGAAAAGAUAGACGAACCUGCAGCUCCCCCUGCUGGAGACAAGAUAGACGAACCUGCAGCUCCCCCUGCUGGAGACAAGAUAGACGAACCUGCAGCUCCCCCUGCUGGAGACAAGAUAGACGAACCUGCAGCUCCCCCUGCUGGAGACAAGAUAGACGAACCUGCAGCUCCCCCUGCUGGAGAAAAGGUGGAGGACCAUGCAGCUCCCCCUGCUGGAGACAAGUUAGACGAACCUGCAGCUCCCCCUGCUGGAGAAAAGGUGGAGGACCAUGCAGCUCCCCCUGCUGGAGAAAAGGUGGAGGACCAUGCCACUCCCUCAGUUGGUGAAGAAGAUUCAGCAGAAAGUUCUUGCAGCCUUAAGGAGAAGCCUGAUGUAAUGGUUGGGUCUUCAGACUCUGAGAAGGCAGAACGUAGUGAGACUUGUCCCGUUGACGAAGACAAAACAACUCCAGAUGAAGCAGCUCUAUCGGAAAAGAUGCCGAUCCCCUCUGUGGUCAUUGAGCCUGCUUCCAGUAAUGAAGGUGAUGAUGACCGUGAUGCUGACAUCAUCUCUCCCACUGCCAUUAGUGACAAUGGUGUGACGGCUGGAAACCCGGUUAUCAAACACAUGAGUCCGUCUGGGGGGGUGAUGGGACUCCCUGAUGACUUUCUCUACAAGGUGGAGACAAUGCAUGACUUUGAGGCUGCCAAUUCAGAUGAGCUGGAACUAAAGAGAAGCGAUGUGGUGUUGGUGGUUCCUACUGCGUCAGUAGAGGAUCAGGAGGCCGGCUGGCUCACAGGGUUCAAAGAAAGUGAAUGGCUGACACUCGGCACUGGUGCUCACAAAGGACUUUUCCCAGAAAACUUCACUCAGCGUCUUGAGUAAAAGUCUCUUCAGAUGGUGUUAAGAAACGAGCCGAAGCUCAAGUAAAAGCCGUCCAGUCAGCAUGUAGCAAACCCCUGAAGAAACCUGCUGCAAUGGUCUGCUGGACAUCAAGCUUUCUCUGGUAGAUGACACUCUACAAUUUUCUGAAAAUAACAUUCAUAGUAAUAAAAAGUAGAACUAUUCCCAGCAUAACCUAAAACUAAUAAGCAUGACGUAAUAUUAUGGUCUACCCUCUGGAAUUGAGAUGUUUUUUGUUGUUGUUGAGAACAAAAAGAUGUAUGAUUUAAUGGGAAUGUUGCAGUUUCUACAUGUACACAACUACAAAAAGCAGGAAAAGUGUUUCUGAAGAAAAAAAAAGAAAAGCUAACCUUUUUGCACCCAGUGUGUUGUACUGAUUUAGUUUCUCUGCUGGAUAAUAUACCAGAAUCUCUAGUGCUGUGAUCUAUUUAAAUGUUCUUGAGUGUAACAUGAAACUCUUGAGUUUUGUUUUUCAGACAUGUCAUAGCUGUUAUUAAGUGUAGUUCUGUAAAAUCACGGUUGAGCGUAUGUGGCGAUCUUUUCUUUGGCAUAUGUGGGGAUGAAUAAAGUUGCUGUGUUUUAGCCAGAAUAAUGUUGACAUUUAUCAUCUUAGCAUUGGCAAACAAACCGAGCAGAUCCAGCAUGCAUAAGGUUUUAUCAAAGUCAGUAUUCAAAGAAGGAGGAAAUAAAAUAUCUGCCCCUGUUAAAAUGUUUAUAGAAAAGCUGUAUCAUAAAAGAUAUCUUAUGAAAAAAUGGAACCAACCAGAAGACAGUUCAAUCUCAUCAGUGUAUGGUCACAAGGAAGGUAUUAACAAAUGCAAUAUGCAAUCUAUGUUGUUGCUAUAUUUCAGGUCUCCAUAGUCCAAGAGUCGUUUAGAUCAACAUUGAUGAUGUCACUUCCUUUGAUAGUAAAAUUACACUGAAAUGUAAACCGUUUUUGUGAUGUACAAACCAUAAACAUUUAUGUCAAGAUCAAUAAAAAAGACUUCAUGAGGU